CUUGCCGUAGGUCGGCUCCCUGCGCGCAGGGCUGCCUCGGCUGCGCCGGGACCCUGCGGGCGUGCGCGGAGCAUGUCCUUCAGGGCCCAGGCGAGGCGCGUUCUGCAGCGGGUCCCCGGGAAGCAGCGAUUCGGCAUCUACAGGUUCCUGCCCUUCUUUUUUGUCUUGGGAGGAACGAUGGAGUGGAUUAUGAUUAAUGUGCGCGUGGGCCACGAGACCUUCUAUGAUGUCUACCGUAGAAAAGCCUCAGAAAGACAGUAUCAAAGAAAGCUGGAAGAUGCAGCAGAGAUUGAACUUCAACAGUCAAUAAAGUGAAUAUGAAUUUU